AUGUAUUACUGGUCACAAAGACUGAUGUCACCAUCAACCGUUCGUAACGGUGAUAUUCAUGUCGACCAAUUAACACAUCGUCGCUAUAUUUGUGAUGGACUCAAAUGGUUCAGAUUGUGCACAAGAGAAAAUUGUCCUAAAGUUCCUCAUAAAGAUGGAUAUUGUGCUGUUCACUUUCGAGAAGAGGAAGAGAAAAAAAAUAAAAAUUCUAUUUUAUCAACAAGUCGACGUAGUCAACAACGGGCAACAACAUCAUUAUCAGUGGAACCCAAAGAAGAGCAAUUUGAAGAAACGCAAUCGACAUCUAAUGAAAACUUGAGUAGAAAACCGCGUCAAAAAAUAAAAAUAGCUGAUAUAUCAAGAGACCAAUCAACAUCGAUUAACCAAAAACAAAAGACGAUUCGUGGUAGUCGAAAUUCAUUAAAACAAGUUAUUAAAGAAGAAAAACAUACACCGAUAAAAGAGAAUGGCAUACACAAAAAUACUACUAUUCGUGCGAAACUAAAUGCAGCUAAACCAAUUAUCAGCGCUCUAACUCCACAUGCUGUGUCUUAUGAAACGCCUGAAUACGGUGAUAUUAAAACGACUGAUAAAAAUCGUUAUAUUUGGGAUGGUAAAAAAUGGCAAGCUCUAUGCUCGAAAGAUGAGUGUCGUCGGCGUCAGAAAUCUCAGCGUCUGUGUCUUACACAUUUCAAUGAAGAACAAGUACGAAGCAAACAUGGUGUAGUUGAAAAUCAAAAAAAUUCAGUGUUAGCAUUUGUCGUCAAAAAUGAACCAGUAGAACAAAGAAUAAGUUUACGACGGAAAAAUGGAAGUAAUGAUGCAAAACAAGAUCUUCAAGAAGAUUUUGGUAAAAAUCAACAGAAUAAUAGAAAACGACAACGUUUAUCCAACGAAAAUACAACAUUAUUAAAAGAUGUGCUUUCAGCGCCCAAACCGAAAGUUGGUGAUGAGCGGCUAAAUAGUAAACAUCAUCGGCAAGUGUUUGAUGGUACUAAAUGGCAAUCGUUGUGUAUUUUCGAGGGUGGAUGCUCUAAAAGACAACAAAGCGCUCAUUUGUGUUGUACACAUUUUAAACAACAGCACCACCGGCAACAGUAUCAAGAAGAAGACGAGGAAAUAAUUCAAAAAGAAAAUCAUCUAACACGAAAAGAAAAAAAAAAUUUCGGGCGUCGAACAAGAAAAAAUGAAAGUAAUGGUUCAGAAGAAUUAAAUAUGGCUAUUUUUGAGUGUUUACAAUCAGUAUCGAAAAUCGACGAAAUGAUAACUAAUCCUAAAACUGAACCAAUUCUAGACGAAUACGACGAUAAACACGAAAUAAAUGAAGAAUCAUUUUCGAAACGACCAAAAGUUGGUGAUAUGCGUAUGAAUCCAGUAACUAACCAGCGUUCAAUAUUUGACGGUUAUUAUUGGAAAUAUUUGUGUAUGAAAGAUAAUUGUUCAAAACGGAUAUAUUCAAGAAAACUUUGUUAUGAACAUCUUUAUAAACAACAAAUGCAUAAUCUUGAACCAAAAGAAACUCAUAAUCAUUCAAAAGAAUUAAAUGAUGCUGAUCAAAAGGCAGCUGUAAAUGGUUGUAUGGGAUGUAUAUUGUCGAAAAUAGAAUUAUCUUCUAAUGAACAACGUAGAAAUUAUAAACGUAAUCGAGAUGAAAAUUAUGAUUUUUCAUUGAUGUUACCUGAAACAAAACGUCGAAAAAAUCAAAAUGAAAUACAACAAUUUUCAUCAAGAUUAAUAAAAACGAUGAAUGAAGACACAAAUAUUAUUUUAACUCCAAAUGCGUCACAAAAACGCAAUCUAACAGUGAUGAAAAAUGAUGAACGAAAAUUUGUUAUUUCUGGAACACGUUUGACAAAACGACAAAAAGUACAACUUCAACAAUUUUUUCAAACAUUACGUGGUCAUUAUUCUAUUCAAAUUUCAUCGGUUGUUGAUUUAACAACAACACAUUUAAUAACAAAUUCAACAUCCAAACUUGUUUGUUCAUUAACAAAAAAACUAUUUCAAGCGGUUGUACAACAUAUUUUUGUCGUUUCUUAUCAUUGGAUUGAUGAAUGUUUAAAACAGCAACGAAUAAUUGAUGAACGACCAUACGAAAUUCAAGGUGAUAAACAAAAUUCAGUAACACAUCUUGGUAUGAGAAAGUCACGUUUAUCAAAACGUCCUUUAUUUGAAAAUUGUAAAAUUUUGUUUUGGGUUGAAUGUGAUUUUGUACAAAAAUUAUUUACAAAAGAAGAACUAAUAGAAAUGAUUAUAAUAGCUGGUGGUAGAACCGUAUUAAAUGCAUCAGAUUUGACUGUUGAUAAUGAAGUGUAUGUUCUGUGUGAGAAAGAGAAUAUAGUUCAAUUGAAAGAAAAAUAUGGUACUUCGACUAAUAUCCACUAUGUUAUACCGGAAUGGUUUUUGGAUUCAAUUGUUACAUAUAAAAUAUUACCUCAUAAACUAUAUUCAUGGAAAUGUUAG